AUGAGCCGCUGCUAUGAGACUUCUGCUCACUCUGGUGAUGCAACAUUUUGGUCACAGCCCGAAGAGCAAAAGCAGCAGCAAGCACUCGUUAUACGAGCUAUCAAGCUGGCGACCCUUUUCCAAACCCUUGCUGAGGCGCCAAACGCUCCACAACCACGCAGUAAUAACUUCUUCUGCAUUCAGCUAGAUCAAUUAAAUAUCUGCUGCGCGAAAAUUCUGUUAGAAAAGAUGGAUUGUUGUCACCUUCUCGAUUCUAUGAGACUCAUGUUUCCAGAAUUCCCGACACUAAAUGAGCUGAGGCAACAACUCAACGCCCUCGUCACCAUUAUUCGCCCAUACACUGCAAGCAUACCAUCAAAGAAGCUAAAUUUUGGCUUUGCUCAUGAUGCAGAUAUUGUCGGUCCAUUAUACUACAUUGCAGUUCGCUGUGGGGAUUCUUCUGUCAAGAAUAAGGCAAGCGCCCUGCUUUAUGAAGUAAAUAAAUUUCGUGGUGGUUUCUGGGACGACACUGCGAUUCAAAAAGUGGCCAAGAUUGCUAUGGAAGCUAUCGAUUAG